UCCGGUGCGUCCAUUCAUUUCAGGAGGGCGACCCGGUCUGGACUCCGGAGAGAAACGGACCGGAGGUUUCUGGAUCAAGGGGCCUGAAAGAACCUCCCAUUGUCCCGCAUUUUAGAGCGGCCACAACUCUUGAUACUGGGCUAAAUGCUGCUGCUGGUUCCCAAUCUGAUCCACAUCAUCUCUCCCCCCGCUGUGACUCUCCUGCCCAUCAUCCUCUCCCAGUCCCUUCUCCCCCGUGUUCUCCCGCCUCCCUUCUUCUCCGUCCCCCAUCUUCAUCAGCCUCCAAGAUAGAUUCCCUCAGGAGCAAGGUUGAUCUGCUCAAGCUGCCUCUGGCUCUCUCCACCAAGUCCAUCUCCGAGCGCAAGCGCCAGCUGGGAGGCGCCGGCGAGCGGCGCAGCGCGGGGGGAGGAGGCGGGGCUCGUACAGCCCGCUCACCGCCGACCCGAGACAUGGACAACGAGUCGCAGUACUCGGGAUACUCUUACAAGUCGUCUCACUCUCGAAGCUCCCGAAAGCACAGGGACCGGAGGGAGCGGCACCGCUCCAAAAGCAGAGACAGCAGCAGCCGUGGAGACAAAUCAGUCACCAUCCAGACGCCCGGAGAGCCGCUGCUGGACGCAGAGUCGACCCGAGGAGAUGACAGGGAUGAUAACUGGGGAGAGACCACCACUGUCGUCACGGGAACCUCCGAGCACAGCAUCUCAAACGAGGACCUCACCCGCGUCACCAAAGAUCUGGAGGAGUCGACGCCGCUGGAGUGCAAGCGCUUCAUCGGCCCAGCGCUCGGAGGCUGUCUGAGUUUCUUCGCUCUCAUCACGCCGCUGGCCUUCCUCAUCCUCCCUCAGGUCCUGUGGCGGGACGCCCUGGAGCCCUGCGGGACGCCCUGCGAAGGCCUGUACGUCUCGCUCGCCUUCAAGCUCUUAGUCCUGCUCAUCUCGUCCUGGGCGCUGUUCCUCCGCCCGCCCAGAGCCACGCUGCCACGGUUCUUUGUCUUCCGCUGCCUGCUGAUGGUGCUGGUGUUCCUGUUCGUGGCGUCCUACUGGCUGUUCUACGGCGUGCGGGUGCUGGAGCCCAGAGAGAGGGACUACAGAGGCAUCGUGGAGUACGCCGCCUCGCUGGUGGACGCCCUGCUCUUCAUCCAGUACCUGGCUCUGGUGCUGCUCGAGGUCCGACACCUGCAGCCGGCUUUUUGCCUAAAGGUGGUCCGCAGCACGGAUGGAGCCAGCAAGUUUUACAGCGUGGGUCAUCUCAGCAUCCAGCGAGCGGCCGUCUGGGUGCUGGACCGGUAUUACAACGACUUCUCCGUCUACAACCCUGCUGUGGUCAACCUUCCCAAGUCCAUCCUGUCUAAGAAGAUGACCGGAUUCAAGGUUUACUCCCUGGAUGAAAACACCACCAAUAACUCGACGGGCCAAUCGCGCGCCAUGAUCGCAGCGGCUGCCAGGAGGAGGGACAAUUCCCACAACGAGUAUUACUACGAGGAGGCCGAGAUGGAGCGCAGGAUCCGCAAGCGCAAGGCCAGGCUGGUCGUGGCGGUAGAGGAGGCCUUCACACACAUCAAGCGGCUCCACGAGGACGAGGCGGCGGCGUCUCCCAAGCACCCCCGGGAGGUGAUGGACCCCCGGGAGGCGGCGCAGGCCAUCUUCGCCCCGAUGGCGCGCGCCAUGCAGAAGUACCUGAGGACGACGCGGCAGCAGGCCUUCCACAGCAUGGAGAGCAUCCUCACGCACCUGCAGUUCUGCAUCACCCACAACAUGACGCCCAAGGCCUUCCUGGAGCGAUACCUCACCCCGGGCCCCACCAUGCAGUACCAGCAGCAGAGCGGCAGGGGGCGCCAGUGGACUUUGGUGAGCGAGGAGCCCGUCACCUCGGGCCUCCGGCAGGGGCUGGUCUUCUCCCUGCGGCGCCUGGACUUCUCCCUUGUCGUCACGGUAACGCCGCUUCCCUUCCUGCGGCUCGGCGAGGAGUUCAUCGACCCGAAGAGCCACAAGUUCGUGAUGCGGCUUCAGUCGGAGACGUCGGUGUGAGCGGGGCCGCUCCUCCUGGACGUGACACGGACACGCUUCAUUAUCCAAUCAGCAAUCAGCCUUCUCUCACGCUCUUCUGUGACAGAAACCAAUCAGAAGGAGGAAUGCUGCUUUUAUUUUUGAUCAUCAAACUGUGAUUGGCUCAAUGAUUGUUCCAAAUAAAAAAAAAUAAAAAAAACGAACAGAGGCCUUUUCGCCGCCGGCGUUUUCUCUCUAAGAGGUUUAUUUCUCUUUAACCACUGAACCACAGAGGAGCAGUGACUCAACACACGAACGCAAGAGGAAGAAGGAGAUUAUGUCACUUCCUGUCAGUCACUCUGGUGAUGUUUUCUCCGAUAGCGGAUGGAUCUGCUUUUAUAUGAGAGGGCGUGGCUUUUACUGUUUUAACCUGCAGAAUGCAGCAAUACGUGCUGUGAGUUGAUUGUUUUUAUGUAAAGAAGAGCGGAUCUACAUAAUACAGCUUUUAAAAAAAUUAUUUUCCCAUGAUGCACCACAAAAACACAAAAUAUUACCACGUAUUUUUGGACUAGUUUCCUGUGCAAACAGGAAAUAAGGCAAAACUAACCUACAAGUAACUUUUACGAUCUUGUUUUAAGUAAAUAAUUCCUUAAUAUUGAUGUAAUAAUACUAUUUCCACUA